UGCUCGGGCGGCCCAGGCCGUGGAAGCAGAGCGGGAGGCGCGGGAUGGCGGCGGCCGCGGGCGAGGCGCGCCGGGUGCUGGUGUACGGCGGCAGGGGCGCGCUGGGCUGCCGCUGCGUGCAGGCCUUCCGCGCCCGCAGCUGGUGGGUCGCGAGCAUCGACGUGGCAGAGAAUGAAGAGGCCAGUGCCAACAUCGUGGUUAAAAUGACAGAUUCGUUUACGGAGCAGGCUGACCAGGUGACUGCUGAGGUCGGAAAGCUCUUGGGUGCAGAGAAGGUGGACGCGAUCCUUUGUGUGGCUGGAGGAUGGGCUGGGGGCAAUGCCAAGUCCAAGUCUCUCUUUAAAAACUGUGACUUGAUGUGGAAGCAGAGCGUGUGGACGUCGACCAUCUCCAGCCACCUGGCUACCAAGCACCUCAAGGAGGGAGGCCUGCUGACCUUGGCGGGGGCCAAGGCCGCCCUGGAUGGGACUCCUGGGAUGAUUGGCUACGGCAUGGCCAAGGGCGCGGUUCACCAGCUCUGCCAGAGCCUGGCCGGGAAGAACAGCGGCAUGCCCCCCGGGUCUGCUGCCGUCGCCCUGCUCCCGGUUACCCUGGACACGCCGAUGAACAGGACGUCAAUGCCCGAGGCCGACUUCAGCUCCUGGACGCCCCUAGAGUUCCUGGUGGAAACCUUCCAUGACUGGAUCACAGAGAAAAACCGACCAAGCUCAGGAAGCCUAAUCCAGGUGGUGACCACGGAGGGAAAGACGGAGCUUACCCCAGCGUAUUUUUAAGCUACGUUUCAUCGUCUGUGAGGGGCCUGUCAGAAAUCUCUUAGCAUGGCUGUGUCCGGCCCUGUGUUUUCUGUAAUCCUGUUCGUGGUACGAGAUAGUGCGUGCUAUCUCUCGUAUUUUCUCUCGUCUAAUGUGCAUUUGUUCUCUUAACACAGUGUAAAACGUUUAUGUGACAUAGAAACACGUGAGGCCCACAGGCAGCGCCGGCGGUCUGUGUUAACCACGGAAUGUAGGAGGUCCCGGGGCCGCCCCCGCUGCGUCAGCGUCACGUUGAGUUGCUUUUGAGACCCUGUUUCUGUGUCCCUGACAGUGGCUGUUGACCCGACUAGUGCAGAGAUGUGUUGGGAUCAGGGACGUUUGGAGCCUGAGUUGUUUUUGAAUGUUCUGUUUAUGUCACAGACGUAGUGGUUGUAGCCUCGAAUUAAACUGCCUUAAGACUCCCUCUGUGGUGUAAGCAAAAUCCUGUGGACUCUGUGAAGGUAUCUUUCUCCUGUGUGUUUGCCAAGUACACAAGAGAACUACUCGUGCUUGUUUGGAGUUUAUCGUUUUUCUUCCUAAUAAAUGCACUUCACUUA